GAGAAAAAUAUUUAAAAAUGUUUGUAAAUCCCAGUUAUAAUUAAAUGUACCUUAACGUACUUUUUAAAUACAUGUUAAUGUAUGUUUAGUGUACUAAAUACAAUUUACUAACAGUAAUAUAAUUUCAAGGAAUUAUUAAAGAGAUAUCCAGAUGGCUUAUUAGAGAGAUUAUUAAAGACUUUUCCGCUUUUUUCCUUAAAUAUUAGCAAAUGAUAGAAAAAAGAAAGUGAUUUUAUAAUAAUUACAAAAAUUUAUAGGAUUUAAAAAAUUCUUCAAUUUUAUUAAUGAAUGUAUCUCGAAAUAUUUAAUUUUACAAGUUUGACCCAUAAUUGUGUCCGUAUCUUACGUAAGUUUCAAUAUAUUAUUUUUUUUUUACACUUAGUUCAAUAUAAUCUUUCUGGGCUUCCAAAACUCCACUCUGGGAGUUCAGUAAGCUAUCUCUGCCAACCUUCCUUUACAAUUAAGUCACCAUGCGAUGAAUAAAAGAACGAACAGCUCAAAAUUCUUAGCUAUUCAUUCGAAUUCCGCAGACAUUCUCAAACUAUAAAAAUUCGAAGAUCAUCGAAAUGCAAAAUAACCGAGAGUAUACGAGCAAAGUAUCUUUGAAGCGGCGGAUCCCUUUCGAUUCUUAAGUGCUUUCGAGUGCUUCGGCGUACGAAUUGGUAAUUUAUCGCGGCUUAAUCGCUUCCGCAAUCCGUUUCCCCGUUUCCCGAAUACCGUAAAGCUGUAACUUUGAACGGUGUUUUGGAAAUGGCGACCUUGUAUGGACGUGGACGCGUCUGCGCCUUCCGACAGCCGGCCGGCCGGCAGGCAGGAUGCGUCAAAGCCGAUCGAUAGAAGGGAUGCAAGACUAAGAGACUCCUCUUUCGUGCAACGCGAGCGUCUCAUUUUCGUGCUCCACGCUUUCGCGUUUCCCCUCGUUCGUGCGUGUCGCACGUUUUCUCGCCGGCUCUCAUUAGAGUCGCGCAUCGUCCUCCAUGCGAUCGUGUGUCCCCUCGCAUCGUUUUCGCCUCGCGAUUUUCCACGACAGGCCGUCUCGCGUUUCCGCGCGCGGAACGAGCGAUCAGUUCUGCUGGAUAAUCGCCGCGCCAGCAGAUCUGUUGCUCGUUGACUUGGUUUCUCAUUUCUUUCUCGUGAAAACUCGACGAGUAGGGCAGCAUUGCGAAGAGACUUGGCCCAGUUGAUCCGGAGAAGCCGCUAGUGAAACAUCGUGAAAACGUCAAGCGCACUCAGCCAGUGCGCUCGAAUCGUGUCUGCGGUUCAGUGUUUCUUCCGGGAACCUAUGACAAAAAUCAAGCAGCAGGGCUGUUUAUGAGGACACGCGGUUUCCAUGAAGUGGAUCCGGCCAAAUUUCGAAGUUUUAUGUAGCAACCGGGUGAGCCAAAUGACCAAGACCUAUAAUGACAUAGAGGCAGUUACAAGGCUUCUGGAGGAGAAAGAAAAAGACUUGGAGCUGACAGCGCGCAUCGGCAAGGAACUGUUAGCACACAAUCAGAAGCUCGAAAGCACGGUGAAUGCAUUAGAAGCUGAGCUUAAAGAAGCGAACGAGAAGAUUACCCAGUUGAACCAUGAGGUGUUGAAGAAGGCCGAGCUGAUACAGAUACUGACGAACGAAAAUGUGGACGACUCUAACUCUGAUGCCGGAACUCCCACCGGCUUGCGUGGUAUUAAUCUGGAGAUGUUACAAAGGAAGGUUACCUCCUUGGAAGACGAGAAUAAGCAGCUUCGCAACGAAUUUGUGAAACUGGUGCACGAUGCCGACAGUUCCGAAGAACAGGAAGCACGACUUGUAAAAGACAUCGCAGCACAAUUGGCAAACGCCAACAUGGAAGUGGAUGGCAUAGCGGAGGAGCUUGGCAGGCAAAAGGAAGAAAAUCGAUUGCAGCAUGAGCAAAUAAUUAGUCUUACUGCUAAAUUAGCUGAGACAGAGCUUAGGCUCGCUCAACUGAUGGCAGAACAUGACGAAGUGGGAGCAACUCUAGUCAUCACUAGGGAUAAUCAAAAUACGCUUGCCGCUGAACUAGCUGAAUUCAAAGAACGAUAUGCGGAGGUGGUGAACUUAUUAGCCGAAACGCAAGAACAGUUACGAAAACAGAGGAAACGCGGAAUGCCGACUGUACGUGGUGGAUCGCUAUUCCCGUCGAUGGGCGCGGCACCUCAACCGGAUUCUAUUGCUUCAGAAUUGGAAUCGUCCCUUUACUCGGAAUUAAGCAUUGACUCUGGAAUCGGUGCAGGCGACAGAAUACCAACUUACAAGAAAGUGUUUGAUACCGUUCGUACCGCAUCUCGAACAACAUAUUCGGGAAUGGAUUCCAAUCAGUUUCCUAGAUUAAAUUCUAUGACAACGUCGACAUUAUCCAGCAGUUCGGUUGGCCCGCGGAUGAGUUGUGGCCAAGCACGACCGCAAGCAUCCACAUUUCCUAGUUUGGAUUCUACUGGUCAUAGCGAGAGUGAAGGAUCCUUGCUCAUCGAAUCGGAAGAUUAUCCAGGACCGCAACGACUGGGUGUACCUGGUGCUCCUGGUGCUGCUGAUCUGGAAGCCGCUAUACGUCGUCUAACACCCGCGGAAGUAUUAGCGAGACGUGCAUGUCUUAGUACAGGCGCCGGUUACAGUUACGAUUAUGACGGUGGCAUAUUACAUUCCCCACCAACCUUCUUGCCUUUUGACUGUCGUACUCCGGACAGCAUUAUGUCGACUGGCAGUAGCGGCAACCUUAGCGGCUUCAGCGGCAACACGUGGCGUAUUCCGCAGAAAUUGCAGAUAGUCAAACCGAUGGAAGGCUCCCAGACGCUGGGUCACUGGUCGCGAUUAGCGACGCCAACGUUAGGUGGAUUGCUGGAGGAUAGGCCAGGCGUAAAGACCAGGGGUGGUCGUGCUCUUGAGGAUCUUGGUCUUAUAACAUUUGCGUUGAGCGAUUUGGAGGAAGAUGAAGAAUAUACUAAUCCCGGUAAACCGUUUCAAGACACUGGCUCCGUUUACACCUUUACUAACAGCACUGUAAUGCAUCCGGAUGAUCAUACCGUCAGCAGCGUCACGCCGAGUAUCGUUAGCAGUCGUGUCGCCUCGGCACCCAAUAGCGGUAUGAACUCUGGUAUGAGCACUCCUCGCACACACAGCCGUCGCAAUUCGACGUCAACGUUUUCCACCACGCUUGGAUUGGCCAAAAUGCUGAACGAAAGAGGAAUCAAGGCCGUCACGCCUUCGUGCAUAGGUACGCCUACUGACGAGCGGAAUUUCUCACCGACCGCUACACCGUGCAACAGUCCGGAUGCAAGUCUGUCACCGAGAUCAUUGUCACCAUCGCCGGAAAGUGCCGCUUCAUUAACAAUGGGACUGCUUAGCACUGGAGCGGAAUUAUUGAGGCGUACUUUUAGUUACGAGCCGCCGGAGCCGAUGCAAGUUAAAAAGAAAAGACCAAAAUCAACGAUCUCACGCUCUGAUAAGAAAGCUCUCACGGGGAUACGUUUAGUGGAGAAAUUGGAAAGGAUUGGUAUUGAUACGAUUAUAGCCACUACGGUUAGUUCAUCGAUCUCACCGUUAGCUCUACAGGGUACUUUAUACACGCGUCGUUCGACUGGAAGUCCAAUGGCACAAUUGACUUUCCUCAAAACUUCGAUGUCCUCCAGUACCAGCCAAGAAAAGUUAAUAUCUCCUUCAUCUUCAACAUCCUCCACUGACGAAUUUCCGAGCAAAUCGCAGUCAUUACCAUGCAAACGGAAUGACAGCAAGGAGCCCGAACCAAGCGUGUCUGGUUCUAAUGCAUUUAACUCGAGAACAGCAGGUCAGUCGCCGGAUCGACAACGACGAUCGGGUGCUAGAGCGACGAGACCCGAUCUGGGACGAGUUAAGCCGCCAGUUCCGACGCCUGUAACUAAAGAAUCCAAACAAUCUGCUUUGGGAGCAAUAAGUUCGCUUCUUUUUGGUCGUAAAGGUGGCUUGUUGUGAAUAUUUUGUAGAGUCUGUGCGCGAAUCGAGUCCAGCGAAUUAUUUUUUAACGUAUUCGUAGAGAAAGUUUGUUUUUUAUUGCUUUCUUGGUUUAUACAAUAUUAUUUGAGUACACGAUAUGCUCCUGUCGUCAGUAUUAUUGAUUGUUGAUACUUUAACGUAUUCAUUGAUUCGUAUACAGUAAUUUUUCGAAUUCAAUGUGGUGAAUCGCUGUAAAUAAUCGUGAUGAUGUUAAUAUUAAUAAGAUACAGUAUACAAGAAUCAGGUUGCUAAAAUACUCUAUAUAAAAUGAACAUUUUAAAUUUUAUUCUAAAAAUCAUGAAUUAAAAGAGACGAAUAUAGCAUAAUAAAAUAUACUUUGUACAAUAAAAAUACAUGAAGUCAUUAUAUAUUUUAAAUUUUAUUUUAAAAUUUAUAAUGAAUUAAAUUAAAGAUAGAUACAGACGGCUGGAAUUUUUGUAUAGUUUGUGACAAAUGGAAGAAAAUUCUUAAACUAUUAGUUUAAAUGAAGAUAAAAAUUAUUUUAUUUUGUGAUUGCAUUAGGAUCUUCAACUAUGUAUAUUUAUGGAUUGCAUAAUUAUAAUAUUUAUGCAUUGUAUUAUAUUUCGGCGUUAGCUGGACUAAGAUUUUUCCCGCUGGGGUAUAUUCUGGAAGAUAAAGUAAGGCAGCUACCUAUAAAGGAUCUGCUCCGUUUUUGAGAAAGAACAAGACUCUUUUGAUGGUGGCUGCUGAAACGAGAAGGCAUGGUGGACUUGGUCUGCAUGUCUUUGAUAGAGUUUUGUUUGAAAAUUUAUUAUUUUAUUAUAAUGCAAAAGUUUAAAAACCAAGAUAUAUAUAAUUAAUUAUAUAAUUUAUAAAAUUGAUUACACGAAGGAAAUGAAAAUUAUAUAAAAAAUCAAUAUAAACUAUUUAAUCAAGUUUGUUAUUUAGUAAUUUUUUUAUAAUUAAAAGAAAUUUACAAUAUAUUAAAUUAUUUUUAUAAAAGUGUGAUAAUAUGCAAUAGGUAAAAACUAACCAAAUUAUAAGAAUUUACAAUUUUUAUAAUUAUCUAUUAUCUCAUUUUAGUUUUAUUUAUUUUUUUUAUUUUAUUAACAUCUCUGCAGUACUUAACGAAUAUUCAUCAAUUUUUUCACACAGAUUGAUAAAUUGAACAAUUUUUACAUUUGGGAAUACUUUGCUCAAUAUUUUAUUACAAGAUGCACAUUAUUUAUUUAGCACGUUAUUUAGCGCAGUCCAUAUUAUUACAUAGUUAAAGUUUGAAAUAUAUUUCCAACGAAAUCAAGAAGAACAAGAAACGAAUUAAGGAAAUUAUAUGGCAGGGUAGUUAAUGAAAUUAAUAUCGUGUAUUCGAAAUUUGUAGCUAACUGCAGAAUAAGCUGUUAUUCAAUGCAAUAUAAACAACUAGUAUACAAAGGGGCAGGGAGGACGCUGAGAAUGGUGCAUCGUACUAUAAUGCAUUAUUUAUGUAACUUAGCACAAAGUCGAAUUUGGUGCUGAUUUAUUUUCUUUAGCGUACGCUUAAAUGACGACGAGUAGUCGUAGUAGCAUCAAUGCUAUUGUCAGUCUUUGCACACAGAAGAUUGUGCAUUUAGCGUUGGAUUUAUUAAGUAUAUACUGUACAUAGUUGAAUGAAAUGCAACGGGGCGGUAAAGCGCCCUCACAUUCAUUCAUUUAUUUUCCUUAGCGAUUUCUUUCGCAUAAACGUAAUUUAUUGCCACUUUGUUUCCUGCAAAUGGGUCUGAGUUUUACAUAAGAGAACUUGUAAUGUAUUAUAGAGAAGAGAGUGUUUAGCUCGACGCAGCCUUGUACAUAGACGUACAAAUUAAUAAAUUAAAUUGAAAAAUAAUAUUGUUUCGCUAUCCUACCUCGUUUGCAUUUCCGCCGACAUAUCCCUUAUUCUUUUAAUCGUUCGAAAGGCCUAGAAUUAAACGGAAAGAAAUCGGCAGCGAAAGAGCUGUAUGCAUUACUGUAAAUAGAACGACGACACGAUCGUGGAAAUGUUUUACUGCAAUUAUUCUUUGUACCGAUACCUGAGAGACGCAAGAUCAAGUAUGGAGAAAUAUCUAAUAAAAUAAUAGCAUGUUUUUCAAUGAUUUAUUUAAUUUCAUGAAAUAAUUUCAGAUUUUGAAGCAAUUUCUUUGAAUUUAUUCCGAAAAAUAAGUUAUAUACUCAAUAAAAUGAAAAUAAAAUUAAUCCUAUAUAAAAGGUAUUUAGAAUGUGCUAAAAAAUGCAUUUAGAUACAAUGUAAAUAUAUUUCUUGAACAAGAAGCAUAACGUACCAUAUCUUAAUAUCUUAUUAAGGAUCAAGUAUCGGUAUAAUUACAAUAAAAUCAAAUAAAUGUACAUCCAUUUAACUAAAUGAAUAACUGAAAGCGUUUGAACAUAGAUUUGCAGUUUCCUAUGAAAACUGAUAAAAUUAUUAAAGAAUACGCAUAAAUAAUAUAAAAUUUAAUAAAAUGAAAAAUUUUUUGCUUAAUUCAUUCGAGAGUUUUUUCACGAUUAAAUUUAUUAUUCGUGCAAAUCAAUUUUACAUUCAGUUUUCACGGUAAACGGAAAAGAAACAAUUUAUAAAUUAACAAAUAGGUUAAUUUUCUUCAUUACAAAUUGAAGAACUAUAUUACUUCGACCAAGCAUUAAAUAUAUAAUAAAAUCAAAAAUGUAUAUACGAUCAUUUAACGAAGUGAUCAUUCGGAUAUUCAUAUUGGUUUCCUAUGAAAACUGAUAUUGAUGAAGAAUACACACUAUGCAAAAUAAGAUAUAAUAUGAACUACAAAUAUGUAAAAAUUAAGUUUCUUGUGUAAUUUAUUCAAGAGUAUACAAUCAUAAAAUGUAGAAAUAAAUAAACAUUUGAACACAUAUUUGGUUUUCUAUGAAAACUAAUAAAAAAUCUAGAGAAUUGUACAAGAUAAAAUAUAAAAAAGUAAAUAUAACGUGAAGCUAAACAAAAAUUUUCUAUGUAAUCUGUUUGAAUCAGUUUAUAGUUAAUUAGUUAUAUUAUCUGGACACAUUAAAAAAUUUUUUUUAUAUUCAGUUUUCAUAGCAAACAGAAAAAGAAUUAUUGUCAAACAAUAAAUAGAUUAAUAUUAUUACCGCCGCGUUGCCUCGACGAACAAUGUUUUCCCAAGAAAUGUAAUUAUUAUGUAGCUAAAAGUAAGGAAUCGCGUGUAUUACUAUAUGGUUGUGUAUACUAAUAUCUGCUGAACUAUGAAUACUAAAAUUGAGGCCUUAGUACGCGUAAAGUUUUUGUUUAUGUAGUAUCCGAGAGUUCCCCAUACAGAAAUAACCCAUACAGAACAAGAUGUUCUAGCUAGAAUAUUCUAGAUGAACAUUCUAGAAUAUUUUAUGAAUAUCUAGAAAAUUUAUAGAAUAUCUUGUUCUGUAUGGGUUAUUUCAGAGUUAUGAUAUUUUUAUGGAAUGUGUAUUUAAAUUUCAUAUGCUUUUCUUGAAUCAACGCGACGAUUCGCCAUGAUUAUUCGAUCAGACAGCUACAUUUAUAACAAGCAAGGUCUGCAGUAAACCCUUUGUCAAAGGGCUUUGCCAUGUAAUCAUUUUACUGUGGCAAGUAGAGAUAUAUCAUACCUCCCAAUUGAACAAUAAAUAUAUUUAAAUAUUAA